GACUCAAGCUUGACUCCCAGAGCAGAGUGGCUCGACCUAAGGCGGGUGGAGGGAGUGCCAGCUGGGUGUAGGAGCAGUCUGACGUCUUGUUAGUGUGAAUGACUUGGGGGAAAAAAACACACACACACACACACACACUCUGACUACAGCUCAGCAGGCGAGACGAUCGAGAAAGAGGAACGUUUUUAUUUUGUAACUUCUUCCCGCUUCCUUCCUCCACCUGUAUGACUGCGUGAAGACCAAAGUGACUCAGUUAUGGAGAGCUCCAUUGAGAUUUCCCAGACUGGUGGCACCUCAAAUCCUAAGCCAUCUGUGGCCCCCAAACCUCGGCUCACUCCGAAGCCCUUCUCUCUGCAGAAAAACAUCGCCAUUCGCUCCAUCCAUGCCCCAAAGAGGACGGGUGCGACCUCUAAGACAGCAACACAGCAGACUGGAAAAUCGGAGGCCUCAGGUGUCCCCAAACCGCCUGUUGCCACCCCCGCUCUGAAACUCCCUCAACAAACCACCACCUCUGAUUCCAAACCCAGCUCUGUAAGUGUGCUCACCAAAGAUAAACCAAAACCAACCAAAGAAAGUAAAACAAGUCCAUAUGGAGAGGAUACUCUUGAUUCUAGUGUAGGGAAAUCAGAUCCAGCCUCACAAACUGCUCCACCCAAAGAGACACCCAAGUCUGAGCCAAUCCAGAGAGAUGAUGUCAUCCAUGCAAACCACAAAGCAUCCACUGAUAUUAUAAACUCAGAACAGAUAGGUGAAAAAAAGACAGAAGACAUAACUCCGACGUCUGUCGUCCAAAUGGUUGAAGAAUCAGGAAGUGACGUUUCCUCUACAGACAAUCCAGAAUAUCAACGGGGCAGCAGCAGGAAGCGUCUCUCCAUGAAGCUCACCUCAAAGUUUGAGUCAGCUGGUCUAUCUCCACCCCCCCAGCCAAGUGUAACCGUCUAUACAACCACAACCAAAGAUGAGGCACACAAGCCAGAGUCUUCAGAUCCCAAGCCGAAUCAGACAACAUCAGGGCCGUCAAACGAUGAAGAUGCACCUAAAGAGGCUUACAGCGGAGGAGGCAGUAUAAAACGCAGAAUCAGUCUCCUGUUUGACUCGUCAUCUAGGCCAGAGCCCAUGACAAAGAGAGAGGAGCCAGAAAUGCUAAAUGGUACAGGCAGUGUAAAGGGUGUAAAGGAGAGAAUCAAAACCUGGGCCACGGAAAUAAUCCCUGAGGGUCCAAAGACUGAAAAGAAGCCUCAGUUUGCACACCGAACUCGCUCUAAAAGCUUUGAGCCAGCAACUGCUCCAACAGCAGAGAAAACAACCAAAGUGCCGGCUGAACCUUCUUCAACGCAGACAUCGGCCAUUCCGGCGGUGGAUCUUCCUUUGAAGUUGUCACCUGCUGAACAAUCCACAGAGACCCCGAUGGAAACAUCGAAAGAUGGUCUGGCUGAAGUUAAGCCAUCGGAAAACUUAAGAGAAACAUUAGGAGAGCGUCUGCAGAGCAAAUCAACAGAGGGGGAUGUCAAACUACGCAAUCACAGCUCAUCUACGACCCACGCUGGCACUGAUGAGGGAGACUCAGCUGAAAGUGAAAGUGCUCAACAUGCUCCAAAGAGGAACGAUGUCAAACGCCGCUCCGUUCGCUUUGGUAUUGUAGAGAGAGAUGAUGGUGGGCCUCCAUUGAUCCUGGGCUCAGCGUCUGAUUCCAGCGAAGAAGAAGAAGAAGAUACUUCUGGGGAUGAAGCUGAGGAAGACAUCCCUGUUUCAGUGCCUGUCUACAAAAGCGUAGAGGGUCUUCAAAAGAAGGAUGGUGAUGAGGUGCGAGAGCAAGAGAAGAAAACACUGAAACAUUUGGAGUUUGAAAAAAGACGGAGAGCAAAAGAGAACGAACUGGCAGGACUCAAGUUGGAAGAGGAGAGGAAACAAAAAGAAGAAGAAAGGGAGAAAGAAAAGGCAAGGCAGAGGGAAGACGAGGAAAGGGUGAGAGAGAGGCUGAAGGAGGAGGAAAUGGAGAGACAGAGGAGGGAGGAAUAUGAGCAGGGAGUGUUGAAAGAACAGGAGAAGGAAAGGCAAAGGCUGAAAGAAGAAGAGAUGGAGAGGGAAAGGCAGCUGGAGUUGAUGUGGCAGAGACAGAGAGAAGAGGAAAGAGAGAGGGGGAAACAGAAAGAGGAGAGACUUAAACAAGAUCAGGAGGAGAGGGAAAAAGAGAGAAUGAAGGAGGAGGCGAGGAAAGAGGAGAGACUAAGGGAGGAGAGAGAAAGACAAAUGCCGAAAGAGGAUGAGGAGAGAUUGAUUCACAGCGAGGAACACAGAUUAGAGGGAAAACUGAGAGAGAAGGAAAUUAAUAGAAUCAAACAAAGAGACGAGGAGUGGGGAAAAGAUUGGGUGAAAAAGACAAAGAUGCAGAGAGGAGAAGAAGGAGAGAGGGACAGAGAGAAAGAGUUGGAGUUGAUGUGGCAGAGACAGAAAGAGGAGGACAGGGAGAGAGCAACACAGAAAGAGGAGAGACUCAGACAAGAGGAGAGAGAGAAAGAAAGAUUGAGAAUGGAGGCAGAGGAAAGAGAAAGGGAGAGGCAAAGGAUGCUGAAAGAGCAGCAAGAAGUAAAAGAAGAGAUGGAGAAAAAGAGGCAAAUAGAGAUGGAGAGACAGAAAGAGGAGGACAGGGAGAGGGUGAGACAGAAAGAGGAGAGAUUCAGACAAGAGGAAAGAGAGAAAGAAAGAUUAAGAAUCGAGGCAGAGGAAAGAGAAAGCGAGAGGCAAAGGAUGCUGAAAGAGCAGCAAGAAAAAGAAGAGUUGGAGAGAAUGAGGCAAAUAGAGAUGGAGAGACAGAAAGAGGAGGGAAGAAGGGAAGAGGAAAGGAACAGACAAGUAGAGAAAGAAAGAGUGGAGGAGCUGGAGAGAAAGAUGCAAGAGGAGAUGGAUAGAAAGCGAGCUCAACAACUGGAAGAAGAGCUACGAAUGGAGGACGAGAGAAAAAGGGAAGAACCAGAGAGCGAGGGGCUAAAUUUAGUUAGCUUUGACUCUGAAGAUGUGCCUCAAAAGUCAAAAUCGCUAUAUUCCCCUUCAGUGAAAGCCCAUGAGACGAGAGAUAAUCAGGUUGAAGUUGUUUACGAUGACUUCUCUGUCAGACCGCCUCUGUUGAAGGUGGAUUUUGACGACUUUUCAGUCAAACCGAAGAGAUGGGGCUCACAGGCUAAAGUGGAAACUAGUCCGCUCAUCCAGAGCUGGCCCGCUGUCUCUGUGGAUAAAGAGGAAGUUGAAAUGCUGGCACCCCUGGAUGUCAUUACUUGCAAAAAUAAAGUGCCAGAGCAGGUGGAAAAGCCAGGCAGCCCGAUGCCUACAUUAGCCCAGGAAAGACCAGAAGAGGAACAGGUCAUCUCCAUGGAGUUGGUGGAGAGGGGGGAGGAGGAGGAGACAAAGAGGGAGGAAGAGGAGGAGACAAUGGAAGAUGAAGUGGACGAAGAAGAUGAGCAGGAGGCACCAGUUAACAGUAAUAGCACAAAUGAUGAAGACACUGAUGCUUUGAUAGACAAUGAGCCAGACCAGCAGAAUGAGGCAUGUGAACAGACAUCUGAAAUUGACAGCCCAAAGCCCGUCCCUGACCAGGUUCCUGAAGUCUCCUCUGAAGACGUUGAUACCACGGAUUUCUAUAGAGAGCCUGAGCUGGCUCAAUUUCCGGAGAGCUCCACUCCUCUCCUCGACACCAGCGUGCAGAAAUCGAAGGCAGAUCUGGUUAGGAGGCGCACUCGAACGCAUCAGCCACGCUCGCUCCGUGGAGGUUUGGGUCCAAAAGAAAGCCCAGACUGGAGGACCCGUGACUCCACAGAUGAAAAAGAGGCAUCUUCUAAGCAAAGGGAGUCGGACUCUGACGAGGAUCAGCCUAAAGCAAAGAUAGUCUGUUCUCCUCCUCCUACCUCUCAGAGAGUCCCCAUGUUCCCUGGAUUGAGCCCUGCAGCCUUGAUGGCUCAGUUAAAAAAAAGAACAGGUCGAGGUGAAGUCAGAGGGAGAAAGGAAACAGAAGAUGACAAGGGAAGAGAAGAGAAGGAAAGUCAAAAUGAGGAAGCGGCAUCAUCUCCCUCACAACAAUCCCGCUCUACUCGCUCUGCCGCUCAUCUGGCAGGGGCUGCACGAGUGCUGCCACCCUUAGGCAGCACGGACGCAGGUGCCAUCUCCUCUCCUGCAUGGCUGAAAGAACUGAAGUCUAAGAAGCGCCUGAGUCAGUAUGACAGCGAGGCUUAGCCAGAUGCAGGAGACAGUGCCAUUGCUCUUCAACAAGAAUCAAUCCAUCUCAGUUGCUGCUGCCGACGGCAGACACCUUGCCACAAUUGCUCUGUUUUCCAUUUUGAGUGCCUUAUUUUGGACUUUUACUGAUAUAUUUAGGGGGUGAAUUCACGGCUUUUGCUGAAUGUGGAGGCUGUCAGGAACUUUUCUUGCUUGGAAAUAAAAUAGGGGGCCAAGGCUAUGUGCGAAGACUUUGAUGUGUUAAUGCCAAGUACAUGUUUUUCUACUGUUGUACAGAGGCUCAGUGGAGGGGGAAUACCCCCACUUUAGUUUAGAGCAAAUCCAUGGGCUGUCUCAUUCUUUCUAUCUUAUUGUUUGAAUGUGUUAGUCCAUCAUAUACUGACAGGGACUGGUGACACUAGGCCUGCACACAUAAACACAAAUACACAAAUGUACAGAAAACACUGAAUAUAAAUAAUGGAUUGCAUCUUGUGUGUAUUUGUAGUUUAAGUUGUACAAAAUGCCUUUUACAUUAGCUUUCCAAUCACAGAUCGUCUCAAGUAAACUUAUAAGCACUUUAAGAAAAAUGAAAACAAAUUACCGUCCAUACAGUACAUCUAUGCAAUAGAAUAGUCAAGUACCUAACUUUAGUAACAUGGCCAAGGGAAUUUUUUAUUUGUUGCACUAUUGUAUGUCUGUCUUCUCUUUCCAGGUCCACAAAACAUGCACUUGGUGCACUGGUUUUUAUUAAAACGCCCAGUAGCUGGUGAGAACCAUGGACGUGUCAGAACAUCACCAGUGAGCUGGGAGGAAAUUUUGAGCAUGCUCUAACACAAUCAGGAAGUGUGUUUUGUAAAAUUUUGUAAAACCCAUAAAAUGCAAUUAUCUGCGCUAGAUGCUUUUAUGUGCCUUUUUAAUGUUGAAGAGUGGCUUAUCUGUAUACAUGCUGUAAUCAUUCAUGAUAUCAAGUACAAUAAGAGGAAAUUGAGGGAAUUUGUAUUAAAACCUUUUCUAUGAAAUGCAA